AUGUCUGCCUUUUCAGCGCUAUAUGGAGUUAGCUCCGUCAUCUCUUCAAAGAUUUUCGUGAAGCUUCCAGUUCCAAGUGGGAAUUCCGAGCUUUCUAACCAAACUAUUGUUGUGACUGGCGCUAAUACUGGCCUUGGAUUUGAAGCCUGUCUUCACCUAUCACGACUUGGUGUUGGGAAACUCAUCAUGGCCGUACGAACUAUAGCCAAGGGCGACGAUGCGAGAAAAAAGAUCCUCAAUUCCACUGGUCGACCUGAGUUCUCUAUAGAAGUAUGGCCUAUCGACAUGGAUAGCUAUGAUUCGGUCAAGUCAUUCGCGAACCGCACCUCUCAACUUCCUCGCCUUGAUGGCGUGUUAGCCAAUGCUGGUGUUAUGACCUCCAAUUUCAGCUUGAGCGAACACAACGAAAAGAAUCUCAACGUCAACGUCAUCAGUACCUUUCUGCUGUACUUGCUCCUCCUGCCAAAAAUGCGCGAAUCUAGCCAGAAUACAGGACACGUCUGCCGUUAUGCGAUCCCAAACAGUGCGCUACACUACAUUGCUCCGCUCGCCGAGUUGGACCCUAACAGUCCCAGCAUUAUCAACCGGCUGAAUGAUCCCCAGAAAGCUAAUAUGGCUGGUCGAUAUUCUCUGAGUAAGGUACUCGUUCUCUACGCCGUGCGCGAGUUUGCCGAAAGGACUAGUUCUUCCGGAAAGGGGGCGUGCAUCAUCAAUACGCCGAAUCCAAGCUUCUGCAAGUCUAACCUAGCAAACGAAUCCCAAGGAACCCGUGGCUUUAAGAUAUUCGAGAAGCUCUUAGCUCGAUCUACGGAAGAAGGUAGCCGUGUCUUAGUUCAUGGCUUGCUGGCUGGGCAAGAAACUAAUGGUCAGUAUCUGUCAAACUGUCAUGUCGAAGUCCCUGCGUACCACAUCACUGGGAAAUGGGGUCAAAAGGUUCAAAAGAAGUUUUUCGGUGAACUUAUGGAUAAACUAGAAGAUAUCCAACCUGGUAUCUCGUCAAAUAUUUAA